GGUGGAUUCUUCUUUGAAUUUUAGUUUUGAGUUGAGAGUUUUGAUUGAACUUUUUCUUGUUAUUCGAGCGAUAUUCUAGUCGAAUCUAAUUUUACGAGAAUGAGAAUUCGAACUAUGGUACCUAAAGUAGCACACAUAUUUAGUCAACUUGGCUACGCCCUAGUCUGCAAAUUUUCGUUUGACUUUUAAAUUGAGUAAAUUUCACAUACUCAAUCCAUGAACGUAAUUAGUAGAAAAUUAUCUAUCUUUGCUCUUGGUGAUGUUGUGCUAUCUCUCUAUGAAUAAUGGUGGGAAGAAACAAUAAACUGAGUGUUUGAGGCAAGCAAAGUAUGUUUGCUGCUUGCAUAGAUUUUUCUAGGCUUCAAAUAGUGUGUAGGGUUUAGGGUGUUAACUUAAAACUCCUUGGAUGAGUAAGGAAUGUUGAGAUCCGCGGCUAUAAUUCCAGCAGAAAGGCCCCUUUGAUUGAGUCUGCGAUCACCGUACUUGGAUGAAUAAACUUCUUUCGGUUUUUGGUCUCCUAAAUCGAAGACCCAGAAGCGAAACAAGAUGAAGGAAUUGCUUGCAAUCUAAGUUAGAUGUGCAGAAUAAGAUUACCCCUUGAGGCUGUUAUUUCGGUUUCUUACCAGGCAGGGAAUGCUCAACCUACACCUUAUUAAUUCCCCUGUCUUUUUCCAUGAGCAUUCUGAAAGAAAACUUCAAAACCCUUCCUAAUCUCAACUUUUGGAUCUUUCAAAAGCUGGUGCAUUGUCCCUAACAUCAACGUCGUUUCUGAAACAAGUGAUCCAAGAUUGUUUGAGCAAUGAUCAUGUUGGUAGUUAAGUUGGGAAAGACAUGUUAAGUAUUACCCCUCUUGACCCCUCUUGAUAAUUAUUCUUCGAGGCAUGGCAAUGCGAUCUCCCCACUCUCCUUCCAGAAGAAGACCACCUAAGUUCUUUUGCUUGAUACUGUUGAUAGUUGCGCCUACAUGUAUUUUUGGACUCUUCACAAAUUACCAGAAAAUUUUGUAUUUCUUCCGACCACUUUGGGACAAGCCGCCAGCCCCUUUCAUACGACUCCCACACUACUACGCUGAAAAUGUCACCAUGGACCAUCUUUGCCGCCUUCAUGGCUGGUCCAUACGGGAUGAACCCCGCCGUGUUUUCGAUGGCAUCAUCUUCAGCAAUGAGUUGGACAUGCUUGAUAUUAGGUGGAAUGAGCUUUAUCCAUAUGUCACAAAAUUGGUAAUCUUCGAGGCAAAUACCACUUUUACUGGCAUCCCGAAACCUCUCUAUUUUGCUUCAAAUCGUGGCAGAUUUGCCUUUGCCGAGGAUAAAAUCAUCCACGAUGUCUUUCCUGGUGUAAUUGUCCCACGAGGAUCACAUGCAGACCCCUUUGAUCUUGAGAAAAAGCAACGUAUAGCUAUGAAUGCUUUACUUCGGCGUGCUGGGAUUUCCAAUGGCGAUAUAUUGAUAAUGUCAGAUACUGAUGAGAUACCAAGCCCACAUACUGUGAAAUUGCUGCAGUGGUGUGACGGGAUUCCACCUAAAAUGCAUCUCGAGCUGAAGCACUACAUGUAUUCGUUUGAGUUCCCGGUGGACUAUAGUAGCUGGCGGGCGACAGCCCACAUCUAUGGCCCUCGUACCUUCUAUCAGCAUUCACGACAGACAAACUACUUAUUUUCUGAUGCAGGAUGGCAUUGCAGUUUUUGCUUCCGGCGGAUUGAAGAUUUUGUGUUUAAGAUGACAGCUUACAGCCACGCGGACCGCGUGAAGCGCAGAGAAUUUCUUGACCAUUCAAGAAUUCAGAAACUCAUUUGUAGAGGAGAUGAUCUUUUCGACAUGUUACCUGAAGAGUACUCGUUCAAGGAGUUGAUCAAGAAGAUGGGAGCGAUACCCCGUUCGACUUCCGCGGUUCAUCUUCCUUCUUACUUGUUAAAGAAUGUAGACAAGUUUAGGUUCCUUCUCCCUGGAGGCUGUUUAAGGUCACAGGGUUGAAAGGUUUCGUAGGUAAUACUAACUUUAAGCAAUUUAUUAUUCUGAUUUUAGCUUUCUACGUGCACCGGUAACUUGCUAGUAAAGGAUACACCAUUGCAAAGCAAUUAUUCUGAUUUUAGCUUUUAUAAGAUCUGAUUUUGUUUCUAA